AUGGACGACGGAGAGGAACCCAAUGUGACUGUCAGACGGAGCAGCUCCGAGCAGAGAAAAUUGCGUUCUCGUGACGCGGCUCGGUGCAGGCGCAGUAAAGAGACAGAAUUGUUCUAUGACCUGGCUCGUAACCUACCCCUACCUAGACGUGUCGCAACACACCUGGACAAGGCAGCUAUUAUGAGGGUCGCCCUCAGCUUCCUGCGCAUGCACCGCCUCCUUCAUACCGGAACAGAGAGUUCAAGUAUGUCUCAGGAGGAACAGGAGGAGGACCCGGCAGAUGUCCUGUACUCUCAGGCGCUGUCGGGCUUUAUCCUGGUGAUAACGGUAGAAGGAGACAUGAUUUACCUGACUGACAACGUCAGCAAGCACAUCGGCAUCCCGCAGUUGGAGCUUCUGGGUCAAAGCGUGUAUGACUUUGUUCAUCCAUGUGACCAGGAAGAUCUCAGGGACUUCCUUUUGCACCCAGCAUGUGCCAAAAAAGUGGGCAGGGCUCAGCUGAGAGAGGGAAACUUCUUCCUCCGAAUGAAGAGCACGUUGACCAACAGGGGGCGCAUUGUUAACAUAAAGUCAGCGAGCUGGAAGGUGUUCCACUGCACAGGUCGCAUGUGUACGCUGGGUGACUGGUGUGAGGCGCCGCCCGAGGAUAUGGUGAUGACGCUGCUCUGCGAGCCUAUUCCCCACCCAUCCAGUGUGGACUUCCCCCUCGACACGCACGCCUUCCUCUCUCGCCACAGCAUGGAUAUGCACUUCACACACUGUGAGGGCAGGUUGGGUGAACUGGUGGGAUACGAGUUUGACGAUCUGAUCGGCCGCUCUGUGUUCGAAUUCCAUCAUGUGCUGGACUCGGUUCAUGUCAACAAAAGCCUGAAAACAUUGUUGACCAAAGGACAGGUGAGUACCAGCCCCUUCCGUUUUCUGGCAAGCGGCGGUGGCUACGUAUGGGCAGAGACGCAAGCCACUGUGCUGUACAAUAACAAUUCAUCGCAUGCUGAGGCUAUAGUUUGCCUCAACUUCAUUCUCAGUGCUGUGGAGGAGUCAGACAUGGUUUUUUCCUCUGUGCAAAUCCACGCCGGCCAUCGUCUCAAAGCCGAGCAACUUAAAUCAGAGAGCCUCAAUGAGGACAUGAGCGCGAGUUCGAGCAGCGAUAGCACGUCUGAGAAUCUUUUCCCACCCACUCCAGAACAUGCAGAUGCCGUCGCCCCCUUGACAGGAGACUUUUUGAUGCUUUCCUUCGCUACGCCACACAGCCCGAGCAAAGUCCCCGAGGACCCUGAGCAGCUUUGCACGCCAGAGCUGCGCCAGCUUCUCCUCCCCAUCUUCAAUCCUGACACGCCGCCACAGUCUUCAUCUUCAUCAAAUUCCCAGUCAGCGCCGAGUCCAAGUGACAGUGAUAACGUAUUCGGCUCCAGCGAUGUGGAAAAAUUCUUUGCCUUUUGGCCAGAAGAUGGUGACAAAAAGCAGGAUAACACGCAGCAGGUGAUGGACAGCAUGGAUCUGGACAUGUUGGCACCUUACAUCUCUAUGGAUGAUGACUUCCAGCUCAGCUUCUUUAGCCCCGCUGUCCUAGAGGAGAACACUGACGUUAACACAGAGAUGCUGCCAGAACUCACCGCCGUCAAAAGAAAACGUGCUCACAAUCCGGAUGAAGAUUGUCUGUCCCAACUGAAAGCGACAGAUGACAAACGUCCCAGGUGCGAUGCAGGUGAUGCUUCGCUGGAGGACAAGCUACUGCUUAGCCAUGCGCUACUGGGCUGUCUGGAGCAGAGCCAAUCGAGAAGGGACCCGUGCAUCAACGGGCGGAGUCCUCUUCUUACAGACAAGGACCCCAUCUUUGGGGACAUGGGAGGAAUCUGUGACACUUAA